AAAAAUUGUAUAUAAUGUUCUAGGUACUGUCGCUGGGAGCCGAUGUUCUGCCAGAGUACAAGCUCCAGUCUCCACGGAUACACAAAUGGACCGUCCUCCACUACAGCCCGUUCAAGGCUGCCUGGGACUGGAUCAUCCUACUCCUCGUCAUGUACACCGCUAUUUUCACCCCGUACGUCGCCGCUUUUCUUCUCAACGAAGCAGACUACAUGAAAAAGAAAUCGGAAAAAUACAGCGAUGAGCCAUUAGUUAUCGUUGAUCUUAUUGUGGAUGUAACAUUCAUUGUGGACAUCUUGAUAAACUUCAGAACGACAUAUGUAAAUAAGAACGAUGAAGUCGUAUCACACCCAGGCAAGAUUGCAGUUCAUUACCUCAGGGGAUGGUUCCUUAUUGACCUAGUGGCUGCUAUUCCGUUUGACCUUCUCAUCUUCGGAUCCGACACCGACGAGACAACUACACUGAUAGGACUAUUGAAGACAGCACGUCUGUUGAGACUUGUUAGAGUAGCGAGAAAAAUUGACAGGUAUUCCGAGUAUGGAGCGGCUGUUUUAUUACUUCUUAUGGCUACUUUUGCACUCAUCGCUCAUUGGUUAGCCUGCAUUUGGUAUGCAAUAGGUAAUGCUGAGCGACCUCAUUUAACCAGUAAAGUUGGGUGGUUAGAUAUUUUAGCAAAUGAUACUCAUCAGUUUUAUCUUCAGAACAACACCGGUGGACCCUCGAUAAAGUCGAGGUAUAUCACAGCUCUUUAUUUUACGUUCAGUUCCCUUACAUCCGUUGGUUUUGGAAAUGUUGCACCCAACACAGAUGCGGAAAAGAUUUUUACCAUAGCUGUUAUGUUAGUGGGAUCACUUAUGUAUGCUAGUAUAUUUGGAAAUGUAUCAGCAAUUAUUCAAAGAUUGUACUCAGGAACAGCGAGGUAUCAUACACAAAUGUUAAGGGUACGUGAGUUCAUUAGGUUUCAUCAAAUACCUAAUCCGCUUCGCCAAAGACUGGAGGAAUACUUUCAGCAUGCAUGGACUUACACUAAUGGAAUAGAUAUGAACAGCGUGCUGAAAGGAUUUCCGGAGUGCCUUCAGGCAGACAUUUGCCUGCACCUCAACAGAAAUUUACUCACGUCCUGUACUGCAUUCGAUGGGGCCUCUCCAGGAUGUUUAAGGGCCUUAUCGCUGAAGUUUAAAACAACUCAUGCUCCACCUGGAGAUACUUUAGUGCAUAAAGGGGAUGUAUUGACUUCGCUUUACUUCAUAUCAAGAGGGUCGAUAGAGAUUCUCAAAGAUGAUUUAGUCAUGGCGAUACUGAGUAAGGAUGAUAUUUUUGGAGAAAAUCCAUGUGCUCAUACGACAAUAGGUAAAUCUAAGUGUAAUGUGCGUGCUCUUACCUAUUGCGACCUUCAUAAAAUUCAUCGUGAUGAUUUGUUGGAUGUAUUAGAACUAUACCCUGAGUUUUAUCAGUCUUUUACAACUAAUUUAGAAAUAACAUUUUAUCUUCGUGAUGAAGAGCAAGCCGGAGUCGACCCAUGGGCAAGUCGUCAAACUAGAAAAAUCACUUCGAGAACAAAUUCUCAGGAUUUGGGAACGGGUGAAGUGGGUGGAGGGGGUAACUUUGAUAUGGAUUUUCGAAGAAAUUAUUAUCGUCCUCCUAUGAGAUUGAGCAUGGAAAGAGCUACUUCUUUUGAUGAUGAGGGGAUGGAAAGGUAUCCUGGUCAUGGAAUUUUGGAAUUCUCAACGGACAAAGCCGGUCAGGAUGUCACUCCUAUGAACCUUCAAUUCAAAGACAGCAAUGAACGAUCUCAAGGGAUGAAUUCGAUAACUGGCAUGCUCACUCAACUGAAGCGCAGCCUCACAGAUCUCCGAUUGCAUGGCCUCAGCGGUAAACAGCCACUCAAAGAGGAAACUUCUAACGGGCGAACUGCCGAUGUGCGAUUGAAACACUCGAGCAGUUCUGGGAACAUGAGGAGGGGAGACGCUAGGGUGAUGUCUUCGGCCACGUCAGACUCGUCUCGUGAGACCCAGCCACUUCUAGACCAUCAGGCACCAAUUUCAGAGGGGCUGCCGUUGGGUGGAGAUUUGCCCGAGGAGGGUCACCUCAGCGGAACUUCGCACUACACCACCCCCGGCUCUAUCAGUCCCUUACAUUCCAACUCUUUUUUAAGACCCCAUCAGCAGGGGGCAUCGUCUGUGAUAGCGUACCCAAGCCAUGGUGAAGCGAAGUGCAGUCAUUGUGGCGGCGUGAAGGCUCGUGUUGAUAGUGAUAUUCAUUCUAGGAUAGAUAGGCUAAGCAGGCAGUUAGAUACACUAGAGCAUACGGUAACGAAUGAUAUAAAAGCUAUACUUCAUAUCCUGAAGCAGCAGCAAUAUCAAACCGGUGCAAGAAGUUCGGAUUCUCUUCCAGAAACGAGAGAGGGUAGUUGGGGUGAUUCACGAUCGAGGCCUUCGCCCGUAAGAAGAAGCUCAAGUGUGCCCCAAAACACAGACACAACUCUUCAAUCCCAAUCAAGGGGAUUGGAGAUGUCAAGAUUACCAGUGCCAUCGCCUUUACAGCAACAAGGUGUGUUUGUGCCAAGGCGGAGUCAAUCACAACCAGUUGACCUAUCUCAGCCUCAGGGACUUCAGAGGUACAAUGAUGACCCUUCUCUUCCUUCCAACCAAAUAGAUGCAGCAGGUGAUGUUUGGAGGGCUGAUACAGCUCGAAGAAGACAAGUCCUGGCUUCUAGUCGCGGUGUUACGAGUUGUGACGAAUCAGAUCCAAGUCCACCACAACCAUUAGCACCUAUUGCAAGGUUGGACUCACUUCAAGAAAUGGAAUCUACACUAUUUUCACCCCGAUCAAGUUUAACAGAUUUACAAGAUUCAAAAUCUUCACAGGUAUAA